UGCGCCCACCCAACCUCUCCCAGUCUCCCUGCUCGCUCGCUCGCUCUGCUGCGCACCACACGCACGCACAAGGCUGCGAGGACUAGAAGGGCGCGGCGCACUCGUGUUGGGUUGGGGAGCUGGAACGACGGAGGAGGAGGAGGUGGGGCGAUGGGGUACGCGCGGACGGUGAAGGCGGCGGCCGCGGCGGUGCUGGCGGCUGGGGUGCGGCUCCUGGCGCCCGCGGCGGCGGCAGUAGUAGCGGACGGGCUGCCGCGCGCGCGGGCGGCGGCGGCCACGUGGCUCACGCCGCCGUACCUGUACAUCGUCAUCAACGCCAUCAUCAUCUCCAUCGCCGCAUCGUCGCGCUUCCAGUCCAGUAGCCGCCCGACGGCCUGCGGCCCCGCCGCCCCCGAGGCAGAGCUGGAGACGGAGCACGUCGCGAUCUCGGCUCCGUUGCAGGUGCCUGCGCCGGUUGUGGCGGUGCCCGUGGUGGCAGUGUGGCCUGCGGAGGCCGUUGCUAUGGAGGAGCCGAUGGUGAACGUGAACACAGCGGCGCCGGCGCCGGUGCCGGUGCCGGAGGAGGAUGACGACUUUUCGAUUUCGAGGUCUACAUGGACGCCGCGGUGGAGGGGCGCUGAGACGGAGGCGGAGGCGGAUGCAGAGAACGAGGUGGCGCCGUUCGCGGACCUGACGAACUCGAGAGAGAAGCCGCUGGUGUCGGCAAGGUUCGGCCGGAAGGCGGCCAAGCCAAGCCCCGAAGGGAGUCGGGCGCUGCGUGUGGCGCGGCCGCGGAGGGAGGAAACGCUGGAGGGCACGUGGAAGGCCAUCACGGAGGGACGGGGGCCGCCGCUGGCGCGGCACCUCAAGAAGUCCGACACCUGGGAAACCCGCCCCGGGCGCCGCCCUUCCGGCGGCGGCGGCAGCGGGGAGGUCGAGCCUGCGAUGCGGAAGGCGGAGACGUUCAACGACGGGAGGAGCACGGCGCCGGCGCCGGUGCGGAGGGAGCCAUCGUUGGGGCAGGACGAGCUGAACCGGCGGGUGGAGGCGUUCAUCAACAAGUUCAACAUGGAGAUGCGGCUGCAGCGGCAGGAGUCGCUCAAGCACUACAACGACAUGCUCGGCAGGGGAAGCCAUUACUGAAAAUAGUUGCAACUCGCAAGGAAGAAGCUACCUUUUUGGUUUCGUGUUCGUUCUCGAUUUUGGCUUUGGUUCUUGGUCUGUGUAAGAUAUGGUUUUGUCAAUCAACAAGGUGAUAGUGGUAGUUUUGCGCAAGAGA